AUGGGUAAGGCUAACUUCGAAUCUUCAGAUAUUAGUGAUAUAAAUACAGAAAUUGCGGGUAAGGCUAAUUUGGAAUCUUCAGAUACUAGUGAUAUAAAUACAGAAGCAAACUUACAAACUACCACUUCAAGAUUUGAUAAAUUUAAACCCUUUAAAGCUAAAAAGAAAGAUAAAAAUCCAGAUCAUGUGUCAUUAUCUUUAAUUGAUAAAUUAUUACCUUUAUUCAUCGUCUUAGCUAUAAUUUUAGGAAUACUAUUAUCUGUUUAUGUACCAAGUAGUAGAGAUGCAUUUAGUGGAUCCGAGAUAAUAGGUGUUUCAAUUCCUCUUGCUAUUGGUUUAAUUAUUAUGAUGAUUCCUCCAUUAGUUAAAGUAGAAUGGGAAAAAUUGAAUCAAUUAAAUUAUAAAGUUUUAUUAGUUUCUCUUUUAAUAAAUUGGAUAAUUUGUCCCCUUUUAAUGUUUGGUUUAGCUUGGCUAGUAUUAUUUAAUUAUCCAGAGUAUAGAAUUGGUAUAAUCAUGAUUGGUCUUGCUAGAUGCAUUGCCAUGGUUUUAAUAUGGAAUGAAAUUGCCCUUGGUGAUAAUAAUCUUUGUGCAAUUAUAGUCGUUAUAAAUUCAAUACUACAGGUCAUUUUAUAUGCUCCAUUAUUGAUAUUUUAUUGUUAUGUGAUUACUGGAGAUCCAGCAGAAGAUGUAAGUUAUGAAUUGGUUGCAAAAUCUGUUGCAUUCUUUUUAGGUGUUCCAUUAGGUGCUGGUAUAGUUCUAAGAACUGUAUUAAAAUAUACUAAAACUUAUGAUACUUUAAUUAAAUUUAUAAGUCCUUGGUCAUUAAUUGGUUUAUUAUAUACCAUAAUUGUUAUUUUCAUUGAAAAAGGAAAUGAAUUUAUCCACGAAAUAGGUGACGCAUUUUUAUGUUUUGUUCCUUUGGCUUUAUAUUUCCUUAUUACUUGGUUUGGUACUUUUUUUAUAUUAAGAUGGUCUGCUCCUGCUCCUGCAGAAUGUUGUGAUGAUGAAAAGAGGAAAAGAGGUUGUAAUGCUAAAUAUGCUGAAGUUGUAACUCAAACUUUUACUGCAAGUUCAAAUAAUUUUGAAUUAAGUCUUGCUGUAGCUAUAUCAAUUUAUGGAAGUGGAAGUAAACAAGCAAUAGCAAGUACAUUUGGUGUAUUAUUGGAAGUUCCAAUACUAUUAGUAUUAUCUUAUCUAGCAAGAUAUUUUAAGAAUAAGCUUUCAUGGGGACCCGAAUAA